AUGACAAGUGGCUCCCCAAGUCAGGACUUUGACAUGGCGUUGAGACAGGUGGAGCCAAGGGGCUUGGACGAACAGAUUGCCUUGGCGAACCGAGUGCAAUCAUCCAAGGUGAACUCACUGAUGAAAUCCAUUGAUAAACUCCAGAAGGAGAAUCGCUCACUUCAGAAGAAGAGCUUGGAGUCAAACAGGACUUGUCAAUACAAAAAGAUUCAGGAUGAACUUGGUCAGCAAGAUGUGAUGAUAGAUGUUCUUCAGUGCUGUAUUGGUACCGAAAAGGCUCAAAAACUGAUGACCAAUGCCAUUCAAGCUCUUGACCUGAAGCGAACUGGGUGCAGCUCGUGUAGCUGCGAGGAAGAACUCUUUAGCGGAGAGGGAUCUUGGCUCUGCAGACGCUGCUACAGUCAGCGCUUCUGGAGAGAACCCCCAGCAGACGCUGAAAAGUGUUCAGUGUCGAAAACACCAAAAUUUCCAGAUUCGAAAGACAAAUUGCAAAAGGAGUGUGCUGCUUUGGAAGCAGAGUUGACUUCUACGAGACGAUAUCUGAAGCAACAAUCUCCUUUGAGUGCUCUGCCCAAGUCAGCGUCUUUGAAUACCGUUGCAGCUCUAUCAAACCUUCUUGCGGGUUAUGUUCAACGGGCAGACCAACUAGAAAAGGAGAACUCUUCCCUGAAAAACCAUCAAGAGCAGCUGGAAGGAACGGUAAAGGAGCAGGAGGAGCACCACAGGCAGCAGAUUCAGCAUCAGCUUGCUGUGGUCCCCAUUGAGCAGGGUACAUCUACAGUAGAGGAUUUGCAGUCUCGCAUCCGAUUGCGAAAUGGUGAGACGGAUCGCAUGGCGCAAUUCCUGGAAGAACUGCGCUCACAGAUAGCUUCACAGAAAGGCAAGCAAGAAGUCCUGAAAGCUGAAAUUGACAGUGCUCAAAACGAGGUUAGGAAGCUGCAGCAAGAGAUGAGUACCUGGGCAUCAGCAGAAACUGCAGAGCAUGCUAAGCAGCUUGCCAAGCUCCAAGAGUCCAAGGAACAGAGGAAGCAACAUUUGCUGAAUAGUCGCGAGCAACUCCAGGAUGUCAAAACAAAACUGCGGAAGUCUUUACAAAGCAUAGGUGAUCAAAGAGGACCGUUAGAAGUUCAAGCCAGAAUCAAAGGACAAGCCAAAAGAUUAAAUUUGGCACUGCGUGAUGCUCUGUCAAGACCACACGGUUGGUCCAAGUUCUCCUCACAGCUGGAGAUCGAAAAGGGCGGAGGACUUGCAGAGCCCGUUCAACAGGUUUUGGACAGAUACGAGGUCGAGAUUCAAAGCAAGGAGCGACCAACACCCAAGCGGCUUGAAGAAUUGAAACAAGAUUUGUAUAGCCUGGAGGUCAACGGUGCAAGCAAAGGCAUCCAUGAGGUUUCCGGUCGCUGGAGUGUGGCAAAGAAGAUGCAAGAGGAUUUUCGCUCGAAGCUCAAUCCACAACUUGAAGCUCUGUCCAAACUCGAGACACUUCUCGACUCAAAACAACAAGCUUUGGAGCAUCUUGUAGCCGAGGUUCGCAAGAACAAUGGGCAGGUCAGCGUCCAACGCAGUGCCGACAUCCGAGCAGCCUUGGACACUUGUGCUUUGAGCUUAUUGACUACUACAGAGCUUCAUGAGCAGCAACGAAAGCAUUCUGAUGACUUGAAGCAGAUGAAGUCUGUGACUGGUCCACUGGAAGAAAGCGUUGAAGCCCUGCGAAGCAAAGUGAAGGAUCUGGCCAAAAACGCUGCUGAUUCUGAUCAGUACAGACAGGUUUCUCAGAUGUCUUUGGAAGUGCAGAAGUUAAGAAAGUCCGUGGAGCUGGAGCGCCGCACAGCGAGAAAUGACGUCGUCAAACUCCAUGCAGCUGCUGAGCGCUGCCAAGAAAUGAUGGCAAACAGAGAAGGAGAGGAUGUGGCACCAGGGCCCUCCGACCUUCCAGUUCCGGCAAGGUUGCUGAUUGUUCCACCUGGCAGUUCUGCUGAAGAGGCAAGGGGAACUGCAGCGAUCGAGGCGAGGUUACAACGCGUGUGGGAGAAGCGCUUUCUCCCAGUGGAAGAGCGCGAUCUUCCAGCCAUUCACUUGCCGCACCUAGGCGACACAGGUGAGCUUCCAGAUGAUUGGCAAGAAAGCAUGAAGCUGCAGGCUCAACUCGACUUGCUGCGAGAAGAGCUUUCCAGAAUGCAAGAUACAAAAAGUGACCUCACUGGGAAAAUCGAGGCACCAGACGAAGUCCGAGAUAUGGAAGACUAUGUGGACAAUCUGGAUGCUGUUCACACCGACUUGCAGGAGGUUGUAGCUGACCUCAACAUGCGACUUCAAGCUGCUAGAGUGCUUCUCCAGCGGCAGAUGCAGCGCAGAGAGUCGAGAGGAGCGCCUACCUGCCAGCAUUGUCCACAUUGCCUUGUUUCGCAGCACGGGGCUGCAAAAUGAUCAACACAUCUCUCGACAGUUUCACUUGGCCAAAGAGUCACAGAGCAAAA